UCAAUGACACUGGUGGAUCAGAAAGGAGAAAUGUAUAACGUAACUUACAUUGCUGAACGUACAGCCCUGAGUGGUGGAUGGAAAGGGUUUGCUGAGGAUCACAAUUUAAGAAUGGGAGAUGCAGUGCUAUUCCAACUGGUUAACCUUAAGACAUUUAAGGUUUUUAUUGUAAGGGAAAAUGGUGUAGCAGACACUAUGGCGGAGCAGACACUGAUGGUACAGAAGAUACUGAUGGUGAUAUAAGCCUCCUGGAACUGAAAGCGCAGGCGCAGGAAAGUACUCAAGUUAUUUUUGUCAGAUUUUUUUUGUAUUCGGUUUUUUCAGUUUGUGUAAUGCAUUAGAUUUAGAUUGUGGUGCCUUGGAGUUUAGUUACUUACGCCUUGUGGUGCUAUGUUUAAACUAGGCGAUGCUGAUAAUAAUUUGAAGCGGGAGAGAAAAAGUGUUGUGAAGAGCCAAAAGCGUAUUCCUUCAGCUGAUGCUCGAUGCUUCGAUGAUGCUGGUAAGAAUUUGAAGCCGGAGGAAAAUCCUGCAGCGAAACGCCAAAGGCGUGUUCCUUCAGCUGCUUUUCGGGAUGAAAAUGGAAGUCAGCAGCAACCUGAUGACAACGGUGAUGUGGUAGAUUCAGUGGUUGCAGAUUUUGAGAGUUUCACGAAAAUCGUUAACGAUUUAGUUGGAGACUCUGAAAUGCCCGAGGGCGUAAUGGCUAAAUAUUACGAGCUCUGCUACACCCAUAACUCGAUCCUUCAUACAAAUAUUCGUCCCGGCCACAAUUCUAAUUUAGUUGCGGGUAUGAUUAUCGAAACUGUUCAUGGCAUCAGGUCUUGCAAACUCUGGAACACUUUCAAUGGUGAGUUGACAGUGUGGAGACAUAAAUUGGAAGCCUUUGAGAAGCUUGGCAUGAGCGUGGGUUUUGUAUUUCCCAGAUUAAACGAACUUCAGAAACUAUCCGAAAGGGCUGUGAGAAGGCUUCCAUAUCAGCAAAUUUACCAGGAACGAUGCAAUUUUGUAGCUUACAUGUUUGUUUGAUCUUUUUCUUCUCUCUUUUUCUUCCCUGUAUUGCAAGACUUUUUGAUGUUUGAUAAAAUACUUGAAAUGACUCCACAUGGUAAACCUUUGUUUCUUGAC